AUGAUAUGUCCAUAAUAUUUAUUGGAUUCCAUCAAUAAUUGCAAUGAAAGAGUAAUAAAGAGAGCAUAUGAAAGACUGGAGGGUAAACAAGUACAAACUAAAUUAAAUUAAGAAUCUAGUAGAGGUGUGUUAAUAAUUGAAAUAAUCUCUAAGGACACAAUUAAGUUUACAAAACGUUCAGGAAAAAAAGACGGAUAGUAAAUUUCUAUUAAAUAUUUAACAGAUACCAGUUCAUUAGCAUUAUUACUACUAGCACUUUGCAGCUAUAAAUUAUAUGAUUUUAAUUUAAGUCAUUUGAUCUCUUACUUCGGAUGUUCUCAAGAGACUCCAUCAAUAGAUUCACAAGAAUUUGACUAGGUAGAAUGGCUCAAAUUAGAGUUAGAAUGGAUAUCGAUACAAUCCUUAUAAAAAAUGAAUCAGUUAUAAGAAUGCAUUGGUAAAAUAGAGAUUGUUUAAAAUUAAAUAUCAAAGAGCAAGAAUAGAAAAACCUGGGCUUAAUUAGAGACUAUUUUAGAGUAGAAGAAAUCCUAUUUGCAAGAUUAUGUGGAUAAUAAAUAGAAAUAAUUUUAAGUGUAUACUGAUGAAGAGAAGGCUGCUUUAGCAAAAAAAUUAUAAUAAUUAUUAAUAAAAUAGGAAUAGGAUCGAUAUUUUGAAUAAGAAGGUUAUCCUGCUUAUUUAAUUAGUUCUCAAUGGAUAGCUCGUUUUAGUUUAUACACCAAAUAUUAUGAAUUAACAAGGGAAAACCCAGAUCAAUUGAAAUGCUUCAUAGCAAAAAAGAAUGUAUAUCUAAUCAUAUUAUAUAAAGAACUCAAUGGAAGAUGAAACAUUUGUAGAAAUAUUUAAAUAAUACUGUAAUCAAUAAACAUAUGAAGAAUUGGAAAGAAUGUCGAAUUCAACUCAAAAUAAUAUGGACAUUCAUAUCUGUCCAAUUUAUAAUGAUGAUUUAAUUGAUAUAUAAACUUAAUUUGAGAAGGAUCCAUUGAAGGCAAAAAGUUAUUCCAAUUAUGCUUUAAACAAAUCUAUUAGAGAGAAUUAGAAUUUCAUCUUUGUAAGCAGUCAGAUAUGGAGAUUAUUAUAUGGAUUAUUUGGAGGAGUUGAAAUAAAACGAAUCAUCUUAUGUAGAAGUAGACAUGCAGUUGAAACACACUUAUUUCAAGUUAGAUGCUAAUUAUUCCCAUAACAAUAAUAAAGGAUAAUAAAUUUAUAAUUUAAUGGAAACGAGAGAAUGGAAGACCUUGUUAAUAAAGUAAAUAGGAUAACUAAUUAAAAAGUCAGAAAUAUUUGGAAGAUUCCUAAAGAAGCUAGCUAAGAGGAAUUAAUGAAAAGUUAAUCAGUUGUUGGUACAAAAUUAAGUAAAGAUAAUAUAUUAGAAGUAUUCUAAAUUAUUACAUUAGUAAGCUGAGAUAGGACCUGAGGAAGUGUUACUUUUAGAAUUAGAAUAAGAAUAAUAUAGAUUAGAAAAGAAAGAGAAUUUAUAAACAAUAUCAAUUCCAAAUAAAUGCAUGAGUUGUGGUAAUCAAGAUUCUCAACUCUAUUUAUGUGAAUGCAGAAGUGUUAAAUAUUGUAAUGAAACCUGUCAAGCUCAUGAUUUAAAGAAUCAUUAAGAGAUUUGCAAAAGUAAUUCUACAUUUCAAUUUAGAAAUCAUUGAAAAGGAUUCCUUAAUCAAUUAAUUAGCUAAGAAAUAUAAAGUGAGGCCUCCAGCUAAAAUAGUCAAAAAUUCAGCCAAAGGAAUAUGUGGAUUAAGCAAUUUAGGAAAUACUUGUUUUAUGAAUUCGAGUCUGUAAUGCUUGAGUAAUGUCACUGAAUUGACUGAAUAUAUGAUAUACAAUACUUUUCUCUAGGAUUUAAAUGAGAAGAAUCCUUUGGGAACAGGAGGGAGAUUAGCAUGCAAUUAUGCUGAAUUAUUAAAAGAACUAUAUGAAUCAUCAUCAACUAGUAUAGCACCUUGGAAUGUUAAAAAGAUAAUUGGAUAACAAGCUCCUCAAUUUAACGGUUAUAGUUAAUAGGACUCUCAGGAACUACUCUCAUAUUUAUUAGAUGGAUUGCACGAAGACUUGAAUAGAAUUAAAAAGAAGCCUUACAUUCCAGAUGUAGACUACAAGGGUUAGAGUGAUUAGGAAUUCGCUGAUCUAUAUUGGGAUAAUCAUAAAAAGAGAAAUGAUUCUAAAAUUACCGACCUCUUUACAGGAUAAUUUAAAUCAAGAGUAGAAUGUCCUGAGUGUAAUUUUGUAUCUAUUACCUUUGAUCCUUUUGUUACAAUUUCAUUGCCUAUUCCCAGUAAAGAAUUUGUUUAAUUUCAAUUUUAUUUAAUUUUCAGAGAUUCUAAACAAACACCUUUGAAAAUUUAAUAAACAUUGCAAUCAACAUAGACAGCUGGAGAAAUUAUAGAAAUUAUUUCAAAACUUAAGAAUAUAAAAGCUGAAUAUCUAAAAUUCUAUUCAUUAUAAGAUUCAGCUAUAAUUGACAACGGAAUUUCGUCAGAAUAAACUAUCAAGUAAAUUAAAGAGUCUUAAGCCACAACAUUUUUAUAUGAGGAAUUCGAUGAAAAAAUUGAUAAACCUAUUUCUAAAUAUGAUUCCAAAAUCAAAUCACCCUAUCAUUAAGUGCUUUGUAAUGUUAGGAAAUUCGAAGAGAACAGACUGAAUCAAUAGAAUUAUAGGACAUCUUUUACGAGGAUCUGCUAUGUAGAUAGUCAAACAACAUAUUAAGAACUACACCUGAUAAUAUAUUAGAUCUUUAGAACUCAUAUCAUAUAGAUUAGUGAUAUCACUUCUAAUUUAAAUCUGAACAAGGAAUUUGAACAAUUCUUAAAGAAUGUAAAAAAAUGCAUUUACAAAGAUGAAUUUGAAGAAUAUUAGGAGUUAUUAAAAUUAAAAGAGAGCAUAUAUUAACUCCAAGAUGAUAACAACAAGCUUUUACCAUUUACAGAUAAAUAAAUCGAAGGAAAUGGGAAACCAAUAAUUCUAAAUGCACAAUUUAAGUUGCGUGCUGAACUGUUAAAACUAAAUAAAUGUGUUGAUGCAGAAUUUACACUCUAACUUCCUAAUUAAAGUUCUAUGUAAGCAAUCACAUUGAAUGAUUGUUUAAAUCAGUUUUGUUAAGAAGAAGUCUUAGGAGCUGGAAAUGAGUGGUAUUGUUCUAAAUGCAAGAAACAUUAAAAAGCAAAGAAGCAAAUGCAAAUAUAUAAGGUAUUAUAUAUCAUCUGAUGCAGGCACCCUAAAUUAUGAUAAUGCAUCUAAAAAGAUUUAGAUCCUCAAGGGUCACAUAAUUUUAUGGAACAUAUUCAGUUGGAGGUGUGACUAAAAUAGUAUAAUAUGUAGAUUUCCCUGUUGAAAACUUUAAUAUACAGCCAUUUAUUUUAGAAAAGGUAUUAUUAUGAUCCCAAAUUAAGGAAUCUCAACAACCAUAUGUUUAUGAUUUAUUUGCAGUUUCCAAUCACUAUGGAGGAAUGGGAGGAGGACAUUACACUGCCUAUGCCAAGAAUCCAAUGUAUAAUGCUUGGUUUGAUUUUAAUGAUUCUCAAGUAAAAGAGUUAAGAUCAAGUCCAGUCACAGAUGCAGCAUAUGUUUUAUUUUAUAGAAGAAGAAAAGUAAAAUGA